UCCCUUGUAUCUUUACAAAAAUCUCCACUACUCCCAUCAAGAUCAUCCAUCUACCUCGAGUCCUUGACCCACUGCAUCAAUCACCAGAUCUGCUUCUUCUGCAUAGUCCUUUCACCCACUGCGUCAGCAGAUCUGCUUCUUCUUCUUCUUCUUCUUCCUCAGGAAAUGGGUGCGACCGCUAAGUCUCUUGCUUUCUUCUUCGAUCAUUUGCUUCUCGAUCCUCAUUAUUGUCGUGUAAGGGUUUCUUUCCAUCCUCUAAAUUUUCAUUAUUAUUGUCGUUCUUUUAGUUCAACUUCUGCUAAAACUACCAAUAGUGCUAGACGUAAUGUGGAAAGCCCCAAUCAGUUCUUGAAUUAUGUCAGAGAUCGAUGCAGAUCUCGAAGCUUUAGGAAUCUUGAUGAUGCCUUAGGCAUGUUUGAUAGAAUGCUUCACAUGCACCCUUUGCCUUCCCUCAUGGAUUUUAAUCAAUUGCUGGGUGCAAUCGCAAGAAUGAAGCAUCACUCAACUGUUAUUACUCUUAUUAAAGAAAUGGAACUGUUAGGAAUUGCUCCCAAUGUUUAUGGUCUGGGUGUUUUGAUUAAUUGCUUCUGUCAUUUGAACCGGGUGGAUUUCGGCUUCUCUAUUUUCGCAAGAAUUUUGAAACUUGGUUUUCAACCUGACUCUAUAAUUCUAACAACUCUUGUCAAGGGGCUCUGUCUUAAGGGUAAAAUUGCUGAAGGUGUGAAGUUCGUUAACGAAAUGGAGAAGAAUGGCUAUAAGCCUGAUAAAAUUACCUACGGAACAAUAAUGAAUGGUUUGUGUAAAAUAGGUAAGACCGGUGAAGCUAUUGGGUUGCUUCGGAAAAUGGAAGAAAGAAAUCUUGAACUUGAUGUAGUGCUGUAUACCACAAUCAUUGAUAGUUUAUGUAAGGACAAAUUGGUAACUGAGGCUUUGACUCUUUUAUCUGAAAUGACAAAUAGAGGAAUUCAGCCAAACGUUUUCACUUACAAUACUUUAAUUCAGGGCCUAUGCAAUUUCUGUCGGUGGAAAGAGGUAACUAAACAAUUGAAUGAGAUGGUGGAAAGGAAAAUCAUGCAAGAUGUGAGGACAUUCAGCAUAUUGGUGGACGCACUUGGCAAAGAGGGGAUGUUGAUUGAGGCUGAAGAAGUUUUUGAUGUGAUGAUUCAGAGAGGCAUAGAGCCUAAUGUAGUCGCGUACAAUUCUUUGAUUGACGGUUACUGUUUGCAAAAUAGAAUGGAUGAAGCUGUCAAAGUAUUUAAUACGAUGGUUCAGAAGGGUUGUUCACCUUGUGUUGUUAGCUAUAACAUAUUGAUCAAUGGAUAUUGUAAGAAUAGAAAAAUUGAUGAGGCAAUGAGUCUAUUUCGUGAAAUGUCCACAAAGGGGAUUUUUCCCAAUGUUGCCACUUACAGCACACUUAUCGGAGGGUUUUACCGAGUUGGGAGACCUAAAAUUGCAUUAGAGCUACUCCACGAGAUGCAAGCUUGUGGCCAACCUCCAGAUCUCCAAACUUGUGCUAUUUUGUUAGAUGGCCUGUGUAAGAAUCUACAUUUUAUUGAGGCAAUGGCAUUGUUUAAAGAGAUGGAAGACAAAAGGUUAGACCUCAAUAUUGUGAUUUACAACAUCUUGAUUGAUGGUAUGUGUAAUGCUGGGAAACUUACGACUGCAAGUGAAUUAUUUAAUGCUCUUCCUACCAAAGGUUUUCAACCUAAUGUUUGCACGUACACUAUAAUGAUCAAAGGGCUUUGCAAAGAGGGACUACUAAAUGAAGCAAGGGAAUUAUUUGAGAAAAUGGAAGAGAACGGCUGCUCACCUAACCAUUUCACUUAUAACACAAUCAUUCAAGGCUUCUUGCAACAUAAUGAGACAUCAUGGGCUGUGAAAUAUUUCCAGAUGAUGCUUGGCAAGGGUUUCUCGGCAAAUGCAACCACUGCAACCAUUUUGAUUGACUUGAUAUCUACUAAUCGAGUAGAUAAAACAAUACAAGAUUUUUUUCAAAUAUCCGUGUGAAAGCUUUAUAGUCCUUCAAUGUGUAGGACAUAUUUCAUAUUCUAACCUUUGCAAUGUUAUUUUAUUAGGAAGAAAAGCCUAUUUACUGCAAGGUUUAUGGUGAUAUUUCUUUCCAUGUCUUUUGGACUAUUGUUGUGUAUUGCUAUUCUAUUUUGUUAUCUUUUCUUACAAUUAUCUGUAAACUUUUAUUGUAAUUAAAAUAGUUUUCUUAAAGAUUUAUUUAAACAUUUUGUGGAUGCAGAGUUAUUGCAGAAUAUUGUUCAUUUGGAGUUUGGAGUUGUUGAUGGUUGUAUGCUUAUUGGCCCACCAAGUUGUUUUUUUUUAAUAUUUGAGUCCUAUUGUUGAAAUUUAUUAUGGUUGUCCUAUCAUGGUAAGCAUGGUAAUGAAGUCACCUGCAGGGCUCUUCAUUUCAAAUAACCGAGUCGUUAGGAAGGCAUACUUGGUGCAUGACCGGCUGAUUAUGAUCACCACAUUCCAUCAAUUAUUUUCUUAGGUUUUAAAUAAUUGCAGCAAUAUUUCUGGAAAGAUCUUGUUCUUUUAUAUCCAUUAAAUGGUAUAGGUCUUUGUCUUCUAUUUUAAAAUUCUUAAGUUUUUUAUACUUGUCCCAAUAUAAAGUUUGGACAUUUCCUUUAAGAAACACAUACUCGAACCCAAUUGAUCAUUUUUCUAGACAAGUUACAUGCAUUAAGAUAAGGAUAUGUCCCCAAAAAUAAGGAAAUAUAUAUAUGAAAAAAAAGAAAAAAAAAACGAUUAUCUAUAGGCACAAAAGGUCAAGCCGUUCUCAUGAGCUGGCAAGUAAGGAGAAAGAACCAUGAUUGUUAGGUCAUUCUCAAGGGAUAGGCUGCACAUGUUCUUUUAAAUUGUCCCUAGAAAAAGACAUUUGCUUUGUUAUUAAAAGCCUAUGAAAUAUGUUAAAAUAGGGGAUUUGAGCCUAUGGAUGAGUGAUGAAAGCAUCUCCAACAAAAGAUUAAACCACUUCUGUUUCACUUUGUAACGAAAAAUUAUUCUUAGAAGUUUUCUUCCAUAAAUCAUUGCACUUUCCAAUUGUUUUCUACUUGUAUCCAUCAUGUAUUAGAAUGCACCAAAAUUUCACAAAGGGAUGGUAUACUAGAAAAAGAAAUUUGCUUGCAUUUCUUUCCUGACUCGCCACCAGGCUCGUUCUCACCCCAGAAUAAUUUGUGCACUACACCGAAGCACUCAGCUUUUUUCGCUAGAAGCUCUCCACACCUCAAACCAUCAACCAAAAGUUCGCUCGCUUGCAGGUUGGUUCUUUCGGUUGCACACCAUGUGCUUUCUGUUCGGUUCCUGAGAAUGUAUAGGACAAGAAAAGAUACAAAAUUUCACGAGGGUUUUGAAAUUUCUAAGGACAUUCUUGGAACAAGCCUGUUCAUGUUGUUUCAUGCUUCAUGAAAGUUGAUCUUCUGAAACGCUCUUGGAAAAGUGUCACCGGAAUCUGCCGAAAGCCACCUUCGGAAUCCGCCCAAGGUCAUCAUCUUUCAGGUGAAGUUUCUUGUCUUUUCUCUCUCUAAUUUCUCUCUUUAGAAAUGGGUUUUUCUUUGAUUAGAUAAUGGUAAUAGAAACAUGGUUUGAUUUUUAUUUUUUUUCGAAAUUUUAGUUUGUCAAGAUUUGGGAAUUGGGUUGCGAAUCUUUGUCGGUUUGGUUUGUUUCUAACGGGGUUCAUUGUGAAGAAGACCUUGCUUUCUUGUCUUUUCUGCUCUUGGAUAUCCAUGGAAACGGUUUUGGACUUUGUUUUUGUAGUUGGCAUUGACUCUGACUUUGGCUUCUUAAACAUGAGGACUAGAACUAUUGGAGUUGAUUUCAGCAAAGUGAUUGGGGACUGAGGCUUGGAGCUGGGGUGAAUUGGGAGAAUUUUUCUUUUGGAAAUAGGAUCAUUAGGAGACAGAGAAGGGAUUGGCUCUGAGAAAUUGAGGCCAGAUUUGUUGGCCGAGUUGUUGUGGUGGUAUUUAGUGGAUGUUAGUUUUAGUGCAGGGAUGAUCCUAUUUCCAGAAGAAUUGACAAAAAUGUUUCUUAUAUUCCUAUUUCCGAUUUGUGUGAAACAAUAGCGAUUUGUGCCCUUUGUCUUAUUUUAACUUUUUAUAUGCAGGGAUGACUGUUGCUUCAUUUUGUAGCUUACAAUUCUUUCCACCCCCAUAUGAUGUAGAUGAAAUGCCUGGAACAUAUAGGAAAAGGUUGUUUGUUCUGCCAAGUCCAAUGUGUUGUCUACAUGUGUUGUCUUUCUGGAUCAGAAAUUUGUGGAUAGCAGGAUUCACGACUGUUGUGCUUCGAAAUGUCAAUGUUUUUGUUGCUCAUAGAUUAUUUCUUUUAAAGUGAUAUUCACUCCAAAGUGGCCCAAGCAGACCAUGUGUGAAAUCUGUAACUGAGAAAGAAUUGCUACUCAAUUGCAUUGGACAAUUGGAAGACUCCCUGCUUUGUUUUCCA